AUGUCUAUGAAAUUCACUGGUUUAAAUUUAUAUCCUCGUAUUAUACUUACACGAUUAACUGAAGAGGAGAUAGAAAAGUAUACUGGCCUGAAUCAUAAAAAUAAGAGUACGUCAGAAUCAUUAAAUGAGUUAAAUACUCCUACUAGAUCAACGCAACAGGAGUGUCUGGAAGAUGAUAAAAAAAUUGAGAUACACAAAACUUCAAGAACUAGAAUAGAACAUACUUCAUGGCAAUCUUCGAUGAGGAAAUUCAGGAAUAAUGUUGAAGCUACUGAUGUGAUUGAAGAAAUCCAAACAAAAACUAUAACUGAGAUUAUUACAUAUUCAAACACAAAGAAAAAUGUUAACGGAAAUAAAAAUUUUGAUUGCAAAAUAUGCCAUGCUAAUUUUKAUAAUUUUGAAAAAUUUGUAGUCCAUAAAAAUUUAAAACAUAAAAGUAAACCUUACGUUUGUGAUGUUUGCAAUGCAAAAUUUUCUCUUAGUGCUCAUUUGAAUGUGCAUAACUGUGAUAAUUAUCUAUGCAUGGCAAAUCCAUCCACAAGUUUUGAAGAAAUACCGACUACUUCAAGAAGUAGUUUGUCAAUAAAUUCAAGUAGGGACAACAACAAUUSUACAUCAAACUCGAAAUUAGCAAAACAAUCAGAAACAUCAGUACAACGAAAUGAGCCGAACAAUUUGACUCAAAACGGUAGUUUCGAGCUCCAUCAAUGUAAUUUGUGUACUAAAUCGUUCAAAUCUCAAUCAGCAUUAAACGGUCAUAUGAAAUGCCAUUCUAAAAGAAGCAAAAUUUCAAAAAGAAAACUGAUAUUAGACAAAAAGAAAGAGGAAAAUCAAAACAAAAAUGGUAGCAUAAUAAAAUCCCAAAACAUUGUUUCAAAUAUUCAAAACAGAAGUGAAAAGAGUAAGGAUUGCAAUAAGGAGUUCACUACACGCAACAAGUUAAAUAUUAUAAGUUAA